ACAAAUAGGCCAACAAGAUACAUUGGAUUUACAAACCGUGCCAUUGAUCGUUGAGCUCCAAACGCCAAUGGAGCCCGAAACCGCACCCGAUAACUCCGAACCCGUCAAAGUAGGAGACUAUGUUCUAGAAUCGAAGUUGGGAGAGGGUUCGUUCUCCACAGUGUGGAAGGCCGAGGACAGCUUGAGCGGCCAAGUGGUGGCGUUGAAGCGGGUCUGCCUGUCCAGGCUGAACCGCCACCUCAGGAGCUGCUUGGAGUGUGAAAUCAACUUCUUGUCCUCUGUAAACCACCCCAUCGUCAGCCUUUUCGAAGUUUUCCAGGCUGACGGUUGUAUUUUCCUUGUCCUGGAAUUUUGUGCUGGUGGAAAUCUUGCUUCAUUUAUUCACUUAAGGAUCUUUUUUUAUAGACUUCACGGAUGGGUUGCCACUUGGAAAGUUAAACUUGAAAAAGUUCCUUUUAAUUUUCUUAUCAUGGUGAUUGUAAUGGCACAGAAUAUUCUUCUCUCUGUCCCCAAGGAUGAUGCGGUUCUAAAGAUAUCUGAUUUUGGACUUUCAAGAUCUGUACAUCCAAGUGAUUAUGCUGAGACAGUUUGUGGAACCCCAUUAUACAUGGCUCCAGAAGUUCUUCAAUUCCAAAGAUAUGAUGAAAAAGUUGACAUGUGGAGUGUUGGUGCAAUUCUUUUUGAGCUUCUGAAUGGCUAUCCACCUUUUCGUGGUAGGACCAACGUUCAGCUGCUACAGAACAUCAAGACAUGUACAUGUCUUCCAUUUUCUCAGUUAUUCCUUCCGGGUUUGCAUCCAGACUCUGUCGAUAUCUGUUCAAGGCUACUGUCUUUAAAUCCAGCGGACCGCCUCUCCUUCAAUGAAUUUUAUCAGCAUAUUUUUUUGAGAAGAAGACGAGUGGCAACUUAAAUAUCAACUCUUGGGAUCUUCCUUGUGGGAGACUCUCCUUGUAAGUAAAGCUGGACAUUGUGAAAACCAUUCAAAUGUACAGAUCUGAAUUAUUUACCCUUUCCAGUUCCUCAGCUUUAAUGUCUCUCACCUUCUUUACAUAGCUAGCUGUGUAAACUGCAUCCAAGAAUUAUCUCUGACCAUUCCCUGCUGCUUUUGCCUGCAUUAUUGACCUCAAUCAGGCCGUGAGCCUAGGCUUUCUUCUUUGUCUUCUCUUGAAUAUGAGCAAGAAAUUUUGAAUUAGUGGAUCUAUUAGGAAGUAUUAUCUGUUAGGUUAUU